AGCGGGUGAAGCCAGAAAGUUAGCAAACGCAGAUAUAUUCUCUAAAUAUUAGAAUUUGUGGUCGUUUAGUGUUUUAUUUGUGUCUACCGUAUCGUAUUUAUUAAGUCGUUAAUAGUCUUUAAUGUAUAUUGGGUCGUAUUUAACAGAAGGAAGCCGCCAAAUCUUUUAAUGUCUGGGUACAUUUUCGCGGUAACCAUAGCAACGCGACCGAAGAGCACAGGAACUUCAGUUCUGAACAGCAGAAAGUUGGAACCGUAAUAUAUGUGUAAAACAACAAUGUCCGAGCCUCAACACUACAGCAGUUCAUCUUCAAGAACAGAAGAAAGAAGUUUAACGCCGGACAUUUUGAUUUCUGAGAGUGAUGAACGGUUGUUCCGGUCUCUGGAGGAGUUUAUCGAGCAGGAGAAACGGUACCUGAAGUGUCCCGAACAGGGACCGGACGAACUCCGGUAUAUCGUCUACAGCUGCGUGUUUAAUAAGGUGAUUGGCCGAGCGACGGCCUAUAAGAGACUUCUGCUGACCAUAAAGACGGAGUACGACGAUGUAGUCAGGGAGCUGCAGAGGAGGGAGGAUGAGGCCAGGGCGGCUCGGCGGACGCUGGCGGCCUCGACCUCGCUUCCAAAAUCAGUGAUAACCUGCCAGAGACGAGCCGCCCACCUGAGGGACAGAAUCUGCGUCGUUCAGAGAGAAACAACAGAACUUCAAGAAGAGAUGAAAAGACAGAAACCCUCUGAAGAGCAGAGCAUGUGGAUACCUGGUUUGACGGUAGCUGAAUCAGAGGAUCCCGAGGCUCUGGACGGACACAUGAAGCAUCUCGAAGCCCAGAGAGCUUCUCUCCUGGAGAGGAAGAGUCGCUGCGUCUCUCUGGAGGUCAAAGCUCAGCUGCACACUGAGCUGCAUGCUGAGCUGCAGGCCUCCGAGCACCGCAGAGACCAGCUGAGCUCCAACAACCACCAACUGAAAGUCCUGUACAAGCGUCUGAGGUUAGUGUCCGACCUUCUGUCCAGCUGGGAGCACGAGGAGCAGCAGAUUCCUCUGGAAGAACUUCUGGGUUCCACGCUGGAGGACCUCAGACAGACCAGCGUGACGGACGAUGAAGGCCGCAUCAUCGUCGCCGAACUGUUUGAGCACGAAGAGCCCACUGGCAUCGACGAGUCCAAACACCUGGCAGAUCACCUGGACAGGUUCAUCGAGCUCUUUGAUUCGGCUCAGUAUGAGGACGCUGCUUUCCUCGCUGCCAGAUCUCCCCGAGGAGUCCUGAGGAACCUCGACACCAUGGAGAUGUUUCAAGGUGUGAAGGGGCCCCUGGGGUCUCCCCCCCCUCUCCUCCUCUUCCUCCAGGCCCUGCUGAUGACCACCUCGGUCGGCGAGGAGCUGCCGGCUGCUCUCUCCCUGCAGCUCGUUCACUGUGCGCUGCGGCACGGCGCCACACAGCUCGUCACACACGCCUUCAACAACAACAAACUGACCUUCUCUGAGGAUCUGGGCGACGUCCUGACUGAGCACGCUCAGAAGAACCCCGGCGUGGCAGACGUGUGUCUGGCAUUUGCCACCAACGUCUACGAGGCCUGCAGGCUGGACAGGAAGACCGCACUGAGCAUGUGCAGGAGAGGCUUGAUACACAGCGCUGCCGAUUUCAUGAACCACUGCGAUGACCUCACAGCAGAGGACUGUCUGUGGGUUCUGUGUCUCUCUCCCAGCCUCGUCUUGCUCCAGCUGUUGACGGCGCCUCAGCAGGGCCGUGCGGCCAUCUUGUCGGUGAGCGUGUCCUGCUCCACUCUGCUGGCUGACCCUCAGCAGCAGCAGCAGCAGCAGCAGCAGCAGCAGCAGCAGCAGCAGCAGCUCGCUCUGCAGCUCCUGGACAGCUUUGUCAGCGGAGGACGAGGGGCUUUGGAGGACGCCAUCCUGCAGGACCGCAGCGCUUCAGUGGACGUUUGGGACAACGUGGCGUCUCGGUGCUCCGAGCUGAACCGGGCCGACCUGAGCCGGGCCGUGCUGUCCGUCCUGCUGGACCAGAGUGGGACCAGAGUCCUGACCCCGGCCCUGCAGGGGGGCCGACUCAUGGAGCACGUCUUCCUGUGAAAGAUGGGAGUUUGUGUCUGCUGAUGAAGACCACAGGUUGUUGCUGAAAGCUCCACAAAAUGUUACAGUAAGUGCCAAGAAAUGAAAAUUCACGUAAUGGAUUAGGAUUACUCUAUUAUCAAAGUACUGAUUACAGAACAAAGAUGUGUUAGUGGAGGAUAAUCACACUAAUACAUCUAAUACAAUUGAUAAUUAAAAGAGAAAAAUAAAUAAAUCUGCCCUAGGUGGAGUUAUAAAUAAUUUAAAAAGUUAGAUUCAUCCACAUUUGGUGUGUGUGAGAUUGAGUGAGAAUAAAGUACAGUGUGUUCAUGGCACAUGACGGAACAUGUAUCCCAGUGAGUAUCAGCAGACUCCCUGUCCCUCUCACAUUAUCGUAUGUUGAAGCAGCCAUAUAUACUUACACACACAUAUAUUCACAUGUUAUAUAUAGGCUCCGGCCUGUCAUCAGUAUGCUGUGUAACUCUACACCUCUGGAGCUGAAGCCCGGCUCCUCUACAGCUUCAUGCUUCACCCUCCAAAAACACAUUUUCACCUUCAACUCCCUCAGAAGAAACUUUAAUGAGCUGAUGUGGAGAACACGGGCAGCAAAGAGUAUUUAAAAUAAUCAGAGGAAGAUCGUUUGCAGAACAUUUCAAAAUAAAGUGAGAGGCAGGAAAUCUGACUUUAUCUCAACAUUUUACUUUUGUUUAUGAACAUCUACCGGCAGAACUAACGACAUGCACACAUGCAUAACAUUAUUCUGUUAAACUGUUUUAUUUGUUGUUUUUUUAUCAGUUUUCUUACUUUUAUCAUUUGUAUUUUUCAUGUGAAUUAUUCUCUGGUUGAUUUGCUGUUUGUCUUAUUGUUUGGUUGAAAGUAGCUCUAAAACAAGUGUUUCAGGACAGAAUCAGACAAAAUGUCCUUCAGAAAAGCACCAACUAAAUGACAUUUGAACAUAUUUCUUUGGUCUGAAAGCUUCUGAUUUAAAUAAACAUUUGUACCACUUUUAGUCUGUAUGGUAUGUCAGGGUUAGCAGUUUAAGCUACAGUUCCCAGGUUCCCUGAAGGCAGCAUUUCUCUGCAAACAGUUGUGAAACUAUGAUUAGUCAUCCUGCCUCCCCCAUUUCUAAACCUGUAACGCGUGUUCUGUGGUGGAAGGUUAUACAUAGAUCAAGUAUGAACUGUACUAAAGUACACAUUUGAUAUACUUUCUUUGAGUAUUUCCAUUGUAUGCGACUUUCUACUUUUACUACAUUUGAGAGCUUUAGUUACUAAUUGUUUUGCAUAUUACGUCAUCUUCCUGUCAUCUCUCCAAUAUCAAUAUCUAAUAAAGGCUUAAAAAUCU